AUUUUGUUUGCAAUAAUAAUUUCGUUUACUUUUCAAACUUUGACAUUUCUCAGUCUCUAUAUCACUCAACAACUGUUGUCAUUUCCAUUUGCAAUUUUCUCCAUCCACAAACGACUUAUCCUCCCUCAUGGCUUCUUCCUCUUCUUCUUCUUCUCGGCCACGCACAUGGACAUACCGCGUCUUCACGAGCUUCCAUGGACCAGACGUCCGUAAAACCUUUCUCAGUCAUCUACGCAAACAGUUUAACAACAAUGGGAUUUCGAUGUUCGACGAUCAAGCGAUCGAGAGAGGCCGAACUAUUGCCCCUGAACUCAUACGAGCCAUUAGGGAGUCGAGGAUCUCGAUCGUGGUGCUCUCUAAGUACUAUGCCUCUUCAAGCUGGUGUUUAGAUGAACUGGUGGAGAUUUUCAAGUGCAAAGAAGAUAAUAACCAAAUAGUGAUGACUGUUUUUUACGGUGGAGUAGAUCCAUCCGAUGUGCAUAAACAAACAGGAGAUUUUGGGAAAGUUUUCAAGAAAACUUGUGCUCGUAAAACCGAAGAGGAGAGGCGUAAAUGGAGUCAAGCUUUGACCGAUGCUGGCAACAUAGCCGGUGAACACUUCCUUAACUGGGACAACGAAGCGGAGAUGAUUGAAAAGAUUGCUAGAGAUGUCUCAAACAAACUAAAUGCUACAAUCUCUAGGGAUUUUGAAGAUAUGGUGGGUAUUGAAGCACAUCUGGAAAAGAUGCAGUCUUUGUUACAUUUAGAUGACGAGGAUGGAGUGAUGCUUGUUGGAAUCUGUGGCCCUGCUGGAAUUGGCAAGACUACAAUUGCCAGAGCUUUAUAUAGCCGACUCUCUAGCAGUUUCCAGCAUUCUGGUUUUAUGGAGAAUCUAAGGGGAAGCUGUAACAGUGCUCUUGAUGAGUAUGGAUUGAAGCUGCGUUUACAAGAGCUACUUCUUUCAAAGAUUCUAAACCUAAAUGGUAUCAAGAUAAACCAUUUAGGUGUGAUGCCGGAAAGGCUAUGUGACCAAAAAGUUCUUAUCAUUCUUGAUGAUGUGGACGAUCUGCAGCAACUUGAAGCUUUGGCUAAUGACACUAGCUGGUUUGGUCCUGGAAGCAGGAUUAUAGUAACCACAGAAGAUCAAGAGCUUUUGGAGCAAAAUGAUAUCCAUAAUAUAUACCAUGUGGACUUUCCACCUAUAGAAAAUGCUCGUAAGAUCCUUUGUCGAUAUGCUUUUAAAGUGAGCUUGGCACCAUAUGGUUUUGAAAAGCUAGCCGAAAGAGCAACGGAGCUUUGUAGUAACCUUCCAUUGGGUCUCCGUGUCAUGGGUUCAAUUUUACGCGGAAAGAAAAAAGAUCACUGGAAAAGUUUUUUGCAUAGGAUAGAAAAGAGCAGUAUAACAAAGAUCGAUGCAGUAAUUAGAGUUGGAUUUGAUAAUUUACAUGAGAACGAUCAAACUCUAUUUCUCCUCAUUGCAGUCUUCUUCAAUUACGCAUACGAUGAUCAUGUGAAAGCAAUGCUCGCGGACAGUAACUUGGAUGUCAGAUUUGGGUUAAAAACCCUCGCCAAUAAAUCUCUCAUACAGGUAUCGACAAAAGGAAAAAUAGUGAUGCACAAGUUACUACAACAAGUGGGUAUACAAGCAAUUCAAAGACAAGAGCCUUGGAAACACCAAAUCCUAAUUGAUACUAAUGACAUUAGCUACGUCCUUGAAAAUGAGUUUGGCAGUAGAAGUUUGAUGGGGAUAUGUCUUGAUAUAUCUACAAUCAAAGACAGCAUAGAAAUAAGCCCAAAAGCUUCGAAAAGAAUGCGCAAUCUUCAAUUUCUCAAGAUCUACAAUUCAAGACAGGAUACAAAUGUUAGAAUGCAUCUACUUGAGGACAUGGAUUUUCCACCUCGUCUGAAGUUAUUACAUUGGGAGGAAUAUCCAGAAAAGUGUCUUCCUCAUACCCUUAGGCCGGAAAAUCUUGUGGAACUCAAUUUAGAAAAUAGCAAGCUCAGGCAUUUGUGGAAAGGAACCCAGCCCAUUGGAAAUUUCAAGAAGCUGAAUUUGACAGCGUCUUAUAAUUUGGAGGAACUCCCGGAUCUUGGGAAUGCUACAAAUCUCGCGAUUUUGGAUGUGAGUGAAUGCCAGAGUUUGUUAGAGAUUCAUCCCUCUGUUGGAAAUCUUCAUAAACUAGAGAAGUUGGAGAUGAAUUUAUGUAGAAACCUACAAGUUGUUCCGACUCUUUGCAACUUGGCAUCUCUAGAAAUAUUCGGUAUAGCGGGAUGCGACCAAUUAAGGAAACUUCCAGAUAUUUCCGCGACCAUUACAAGUCUCUCAAUCGUAGACACGAUGUUAGAAGAAUUUAGUGCAUCAAUUAGGCUCUGGUCUCGUCUUGAGACUCUCAUGAUAGUUGGCAGUUUCUUUCCAAAUCAACUUUUGACACAUCCACAUCUGGUAAAACUGACGCUAGAGAGAAGUGGCGCAGAUAUUGAGAUAAUUCCAGAUUGCAUCAAAGAUCUUCAUGGGCUAAGAGAUUUUUUUAUAAUUGGAUGUCCAAAACUUGUAUCACUGCCAAAGCUUCCAAAGUCGCUCACACAACUACUGGUAUUGAACUGUGAAUCACUGGAGACACUAGUACCUUUCCCUUCCGACUCUCACAUUGAAGAUAUUUAUUUCCUUGACUGCUUCAAAUUGGGUCCAGAAGCAAGGAGGGAAAUUAUCCAGAAAUCUUGGUGGGCAUGCUUACCUGGAAGAGAUAUACCUGCAGAGUUCAAUCACCGGGCUAUAGGAAACUCCUUGACCAUUAGUUCAAAAGCCUACGGAUUUAAGAUGUGUGUCAUCGUUUCUCCUAAAUCAGAGAUGGAAGAUGCUAAUGAUAUAGAACUAAUGUGCCGCAUAAGCAUAAGUGGUUUCCCCGUGAAGAAUUCCAAAAUUUCUCUUUCCUCUCGUUUUUCCUCUCGAGUCCAAUCAGAACAUCUGUUUUUAUUGUACGCGAAUAAGCUUAGGGAAGACGACAAAGUUGAACAGUACAGUGAGACAUUGUUCGAAUUCAGCAGUUCAUCCCAGGACAUCGAAAUUAUCGAAUGUGGUGUCCAGAUCGUGGUUGAAGAAACCAAUUCAGAACAACUGUUGGACAACGACGAUGGAAGUCUCUCUGAUGAGGGCUUUGAGUUGGAUGAAUCACGAGUAGAGACCGAUGAUGAUUUGCAUAGGAGCCUUGAGUAUGAUGCAUCACGACUAGAGACGGAUGAUGGUUUAUUUGCUCCCACUUUUUUUUCCUUCGGUUUUUGAUUUCAAGUUUUCUAUUUUAUUUUAUUUUUAUUUUCUUUCUUGGGAAUUAUUUUCCUUCUGAAAUCAUCUCUAAAAGAAAUUCUAUAACUUCAAAUAUAGAGUUUUUUGUUCACCAAAAUGAACUUCAAAAGUACAAAUUUAAAGUUUUAAAUAUGAAGUUUCAUUUUUUUAUUUGCA